AUGAUUUCACUGAUAUUAUUUCUUGGAAUAUCCUGCAUUGCUCCCAUUUCAUCACAACUAUUUCAAUCACGUCCACAUUUUUAUGCUAUCAAGAAGUUUUCAUUGCGUGAUUUGAAAAGAUUAUCAGGUGAAAAUAUUGAUGAUACAGCAAUGAAUUCAAAAGAUGGACAAAUGUUGAUUGAGGAACGAACACAAUUGACACGGCUUAAUAGGCUUCUCAAAAAACCGGUUUUCAAUUUUGCUAAUCUAUUUCGGCGCAAUUGA